UGUUUGUCCUGAACCUGGUCGUGUUUUCAUCGAUAAGCAUCGCAAUGGGCAUUCGGUUCAUCAGCAAGCCGUCGACGCUGAAGGAAUCAUUCCAGAGCCCGCAGGAAACACAUUUCUUCCCGACUUGUGUGCUGGCAAUUGCGACGAUUAUCAUGGGUAUUUCAUCGUACGGCACAUCAUCUUGCGGGCCGUGGUUACUGGUAGCACUGCGCGUGCUGUUCUGGCUGUACGUCGCCAUCGCGAUAGUCGUCGCGAUUUUCCACAACUGGUACCUCUACCACUCGCGCAUGGCCAAUUGGCAAACCUUUGCACUCCUUCGACUCCUGCCCUCAUUUCCUGCAAUGCUGUCAGGAACCAUGGCAUCGGUGCUCACGUCCAACCAACCCGUACACCACGCAAAACCGAUGCUCAUCGGCGGAACGACACUACAAGGUUUCGGCUUCCUCAUGUCCCUCCUAGUAUACGCCGAGUACGUCUUCCGCGCAAACAAAGACGGCCUACCCAAACCCCUCGAACGACCCGAGAUGUUCAUCGCCGUCGGCCCCUGGAGCUUCACAGCAGUCGCCCUGAUCGGCAUGGCCCAAGUCGCCGUGGAAAAAUGGCCCCAGCGCUACAUAAUCUCCGUCGCAGACACCUCUUCCUCCUCACCAACCUCGGUAUCCGCAGCAGAUAUCGCACUAGUAAUGGCAACCCUCUCCGCAGUCUUCAUGUGGAUGAUGGCGUUCUUCUUCUUCUGCAUCGCGGCCAUUAGCACCAUUGCCGCGUGCCGAGUGUUCAAAGGGAAGGGGAAAGGGGAGCUGGGGAUGUCGAUGGCGUGGUGGAGCAUGGUGUUCCCGAAUACGGGGUUUACGUUAGCAACGAUUGAUAUUGGGGAGGCGUUGCAGUCGGAGGGGAUAUUGUGGGUUACGAGUGUGAUGACUGUUUUGCAGGUAACGGCUUGGUUGAGUGUUGCUGUUGGGAUGAUUUGGGGGGUUUGGAAUAGGGAGUUGUUGUGGCCGGUUGAGGUGGAGGACGAUGAUGAUGGGAAGGGUAGAUGAGGUUGUCUUUGAUUGUGUUUUAUUUGUUUCUAUAUUUUGUUUUAUGUUGGUGUAAAUAUUUGCUUUUGCAUGUUAUAUAUCCAUAGAAUUGCAUGUUCAUGUCCAGAUAUUUCAUGUUCCAUGUACUGGAUCGCUGAAAGAGGAGAUCUGACCACAUCGCGGAAUGGUUCCCCUGGUAGAAAAUUGGUGCCCGAUACGCUUGAUGACAUGAAAAAACCUGCCAGCAUGCCAAUUUGGAAACUCCCACAUAGAGGAUCGCAGGUUCUGAGCUCCCGAGAAAAUGAAUUUUCACGGCAACCUUCGCUGUGCGGUGUUAGGUGCAAAAACGCCUGUUUGAAUUUGCCCUGAGCGUCCGGAUAGGAUGCGUCCGAACGCAACUCGUCCCCU